CGCCCCUUCCGGUUCCGGCGUCGGCGCAGCGCGGCCGGAAGUGCAGGCCCCGGAGCGGAGCCGCCAUCAUGGCCGACAAGAUGGACAUGUCCCUGGACGAUAUCAUCAAGCUGAACCGCAGCCAGCGGGGGGCCGGUCGCGCCGGGGGCGGCCGCGGAGGCCGGGGCCGAGGAGGCGCCGCCCGCGGAGGGGGGCCCGGCCGGGGCAGUGUUGGAGCCGGGCGCGCAGGAGGCGGCGGCCCCCUGCGGAACAGGCCGGUCAUGGCCCGAGGCGGUGGCAGGAACCGGCCCGCGCCCUACAGCCGGCCAAAGCAACUCCCCGAAAAAUGGCAGCAUGACCUGUUCGACAGCGGCUUUGGGGCUGGGGCUGGCGUGGAAACCGGGGGGAAGCUCCUGGUUUCUAAUCUGGACUUUGGUGUGUCGGAUGCAGAUAUCCAGGAGCUUUUUGCAGAGUUUGGGACUUUGAAGAAGGCAGCGGUGCACUAUGAUCGGUCUGGACGCAGUUUAGGGACAGCAGAUGUGCAUUUUGAAAGAAAGGCAGAUGCACUGAAAGCUAUGAAGCAGUACAAUGGAGUCCCCCUGGAUGGGCGCCCUAUGAACAUUCAGCUGGUUACAUCACAGAUAGACACACAGCGGAGACCAGCACAGAGUGUAAACAGAGGAGGCAUGACCAGAAACCGUGGUGGUUCAGGAGGAUUUGGUGGUGGAGGUGGCAACAGGCGAGGUAACCGUGGUGGGAACCGAGGGAGAGGCAGAGGGGCUGGAAGAAGUUCCAAACAGCAGCUCUCUGCAGAAGAACUAGAUGCACAGUUGGAUGCUUAUAAUGCCAGGAUGGACACCAGUUAAAACAGUGAGCACAUCCCCUGCAUGGAAAGGACUCCAGACAUCUCAUUCCAUGCUCUCCGGAGGGAGGGGUGUAUGACUGUGGCCACUAAUAUCAAGGAUGGAAUUUGUUUUACUUUAUGUUUUGGAAUAGGUUUUAAACUCAUGUAAAGGUUUUUUUUUAAUUCUGAAACAGAUCUGUUUUGUACCGAGUUAUUUUUGGGAUAAAUUUUACUGGUUGCCUGUUGGGCUGAGGUGGUUUUUUCACCUUUGCCGUAAUAAAAUAGAAAUGUGUCUAGA